AUGGCAUCGACAUCAGCAUCAGCGUCCAGCAGUGUCCCCGCGCCAACGAGCGCAUCGACGCAUCUCGGACUGCUUCCCGAGAUCCCCAGAGCGAGCUCCAUCAUCGUGAUUGGAAUGGCUGGCUCGGGCAAGUCCACCUUCACAGCCAGCCUUCACGAUCAUCUUCACGAAAAGGCGAAAGAGCAGCAGGAGGAACAGGAGCAGCAGCAGAGCGGGCCAUCAAGCUCGCCGCAGACAACUGCGCCUUACAUGGUCAACCUCGACCCUGCUGUCGGAACGCUCGGCUACGAACCCAACGUCGACAUCCGCGAUACCGUCGAUUACUCCCGCGUCAUGGAGCAGUACAACCUCGGGCCGAACGGUGGCAUCUUGACUGCACUCAAUCUCUUCACCACCAAAUUCGACCAGGUGCUCAACAUCCUCGAGAAGCGCGCCAAGGAAGUCGACCAUAUCGUGCUGGAUACGCCCGGACAGAUCGAGAUCUUCACCUGGUCGGCAUCCGGAUCCAUCGUAACGGACGCGCUGGCGAGCUCCAUGCCCACCGCCAUCGCUUAUAUCAUCGAUACCCCGAGGACGACCGCGCCAGCUACUUUCAUGAGCAACAUGCUCUACGCAUGCAGCAUCCUCUACAAGACCAAGCUGCCCUUCAUCCUCGUCUUCAACAAGACCGAUGCGCAGUCGCAUCAUUUUGCGCUAGAGUGGAUGCAAGACUUCGAAAAGUUCCAGGAAGCCUUGGCAGCAGGCAAUGCAACUGAUCCGUCGUCGACUGUAACGCAGCAGGGCCUCAACCCACGAGCCCGCAACCACGACUCGGAGGGAGGCCAGGGCUACAUGAACAGCCUCAUGAACAGCAUGAGCCUGGUGUUGGACGAAUUCUACAAGAAUCUGAGGGCCGUCGGUGUGUCCUCCGUCACGGGCGAAGGCAUGGAUGACUUCCUCGCAGCGGUGCAGGAAGCGCGUCAAGAGUACCUCGACGACUACCGUCCGGAGCUCGAGCGACUCGCCAAGCAACGAGAUGCGAAACGCGAGACGAGCAAGAAGGAGCAGCUGGCCCGUCUGAUGAAGGACAUGAAGGUCGGGUCCAAAAAGACGUCGACACAGGACAACAAAGCGGCGAAAAGAGCGAACAGAUCGACCGAAGACGUCUCCAGACCGAUGGACGAGGAGUACGAAGGUGACGGUCAGAUCAUUGAACCCGACUCGGACGAGGAGAAGCCACAUUACGAAUACCCUGGCCCAGAGUACGAUCGAGGAGAUGGUACCGUCUGGCCUCGUCCCGGAUAG